CAGUGUUUUUUUUUUUUUUUUUUUGUAAACAAAAAUAGCUUUGCUUGUGUGGUGGUGGCUUACAACAACCCCCAACAAAAACAACAACAAGAAGAACAGGAGCCUCAAGAGCAACACCAACUACCAAGCCAAAGCAAAAAUUGUUUUUCCCUCCCAAAAAAGUAAAUUUUCUGCGGAGGGUUGCUUGCUGGCAAACAAGCUGUGAAUUUUCCUUUAAAUGUCCAUAAAAAUUCAAGAAGAAUAAAAAGCUAAAAACAUAAAAACAACAACAAUGAGUGAUGCAAGUGGUUAUCAAAAGUUGCCACCCGGCUGGGACUGCAAAUAUGAUCAGACAACGGGCAAUUGUUAUUAUAUAAACUAUUUUACCAAGGCCAUGCAGUUGGAGGAUCCACGACAAGGCAAUUACAAACAGUUGCAAAAUGAACGCUGCUCCACCGAGUCCAUAGCCUUGCAGCCUAUGGUCAGCAAUAGUUCACCGUAUCAUGUGUAUCCCAGUAACAAUUUGACAGCAAUACGAGCAUUUCAGGAACGUCAUCAACAGCCAACACUGAAUAAUAUAUCCACAAGUCCUUUGCUAUCGGCCUCGUCAAGAGGACAUCUAGUGGAAAUGUCAUCACCGUUGCCCUUUCAACGUUCACGUCCGGGUGCGAAUUUAUCUCGACGCUCAACCAUACAGGAAACAUCGUUUACCAAUCAAAUUGAUACGGAUGCAGUCGUAUCGAAAAUACAAAAUAUGUUUCCCACUGCCGGCGAGAAUCAUAUCCGUUUGCUUUUGAAGCGCUAUUAUAAUCGCGAGGCUGUUGUGAUUAGCGCUCUGCAGGUGGAGAAACAUCCUGUCACCAUGCCAGGACCGUUUGUCACUCCACCAGCUCAACGUCAUUUGUUUCAUAGUAAUUCGGCUUUCUAUAUGACACCACCGGCGCGUCGCCUGGACAUGAGUCGGUGCACAUCGCGUACGGCCAGUCCAUUGCCACUGGCCUCAUCAUCGGUCUUGGGUGCAGUUCAUCAUCAGUCUCAGCCAGGCGGCCGUUUUGGUAGUCUCAUGAGCAUGCAAAGUGGUGGCGCUGGUGGUGGUCAUCCAGUACCUGGCUAUGGUCAUUUGGCAUUGGGUGGUGGUGGUGGUGCUGCUGGUGCUUUGCAUGGCUCACCGCAACAAUGGCGAAGUUCGCCAAAACCGCAUUCAUCACCGAAAAUGAAAUUGAGAUAUAUGAAAAAUAUAUUUCCAAAAGCCGAUGAAAUGUUAUUACUCGAUGUUUUGGCCAAUGCCGAUAAUAAUGUGCAAUUUGCCUCAGAGAAAUUAAUAUCGUUGGGCUAUACAAAACGAGAUAUGCAACAGCCGCAUAAGCCAAACAAUCGACCACCACAAUUGGCUGGCGAGGAUCAGAAUGGCACGGGAGAAGAUAAGACCGUGCAACAUAUACCACUAAGACCCAAGGAGUAUACCGAAGAGGAGAAGGCCAAUAUGCAAUCCUUGCUAAUGGAAAAGUAUCCACAGAUAGCUGAACGUAUUAUAUUGAUGGCUUUGGAAUCGGUUAACUAUGCGGAAGAUCGUGCAGUGCAAAUCCUACAAAUUGUUCAGGAUGAAGAGGAACAAAGGGUAGCAUCGGCCAAUCAGAAAAUGAAGAAAAAUCUUGACCUAUCAUCGCAGGCUUUAAGCGGUGGCGAUGGUUUGGAGCAAGUAGAUGGCCAAAAGGCAUCAGACAGCCAUCAAUCAAUGGUUACAACGAAGCCUCUACACAAGCAACGUCAUCAUCAUCAUCAACAGCAUCAUGUCUUGCCAUCCAUUAAUGUCACCACACCCAGCACAUUUACAACCCAAAUAAUAUUGAGCCAAUCUAUGGCCAAUUUGGAUAAGGAUAAACAGGAGGAGAAGCCUCCUCCGACAGCAUCAUCUACAUCAACAUCAACAUCAUUAUCAUCAUAUGCAUCACCUGCACAAUCACCUAGCAAAUGCUAUGAACGCCUAACAACUAAGGGCAUAUUAGCACGUACAUUUGGUGGCAACAGCAGUAGCAACAACAACAACAACAACAACAACAACCAGAGCAACACGAAAAACUACUACAACAGCAACAACAACUAUAGCAUCAGCGGCUAUCUGCAUGGCUCCUGCAAUCAUAGCAAUGCUAGCUCCUAUUCCAACUCCAAAAACACCACCACAACCACCACCACCGACACCACCAAUACCUCCUCAUCAUCAUCAUCAAUGGCGUCCUCCUCAACUCUAGCAACGGCAAAUGAAAAUCGCUCACGCCUCAAAACCGAUUCACUGAAACAUCGUGAUACAUCAUUGAAUUUAAAUAACUCACAAAAUACGGAAUCAACGGAAUUUCAAUCAAUUAUUGAACGUAUGGCUAGCUUGGGACCCAAUUCUCAGUUAACCAAAGGAGCCGAUGAGAAUCUAUUGCUAGCCGACUAUGUCACUUGGAAUGGCCCAAAUACCACACUAUGUCAAAAGCAAUCCACCAUGGGUUCAGAUCCAAAAUUACUUGGUGAACGUGGCUAUAAGCCAACGGGCAGGAAUACGGAACUAUGUAAGGGAGCCAAGGCAAAUCUGGCCAAAGGUAGCAUCUAUGCCAGAGGUGGAACAAAAUGCAACUAAAACACAAUGAACCAAUAGCCUCAUACUCUAGAGUGCCAAAGAAGGAAAGCACAUGCACACACAUACAUACAUAUAUGUACAUAUACAUACAUACAUAUAUAUAUAUAUAUAUAUAUUUAGUAUACCCAAUUGCACAACCCUCCAUUUGAAAUUAGACUUGACUACUUUUUGUAUAUGUCGUGAAACAAUUUUUGCUCUUAAAUAUUUUCUGAAUGUGUUCUACACUGACCACCCACCCUCCCCCUUUAAAAUCCUAACUGACUCGACCAGGGAUAAUACCAAGAGAUUCUAUAUUUUCCACAUAUUGUCCCAGGUCCAAGAUUCUAGUAGUAAUCUCUUCGUAUAUACCUAAACUAAGUCUUAACUUUAACACAUUCCAUCCAGUCUCCAAUUAAUAAGUAUAAUGAUACAUGCAUUUUUUUUUUUGGUGUUUUUGUUUUAUGUCACAACAAAUUG